CGGAAAACUUUCGAACCGCGUCCGCCAUUUCAACUCUACCUUCAACCACACCUCACACCCGCCAAUAACACCUAAGCGCAACCCCAAAUCCAUCGAAAAUGUUCACCUCGACCUUCCGCGCCUCCACCCGCAUCGCGCCCUCCGUUGCGCGCGCGUUCAGCACCACACCGCGCGCGUCUCUCGCGCGUAUGAGCAUCGUUGGCCGCUUGGGUGUUACGCCAGAGGAGGUUACGCUAUCCGGGGAUAAGACGUUGGUGCGAUAUGUGGUUGGGAGCUCUUACGGGAAGGGCGAGGACAAGAAGACGAGCUGGUUCCGGGUGGCUAGCUUUGUGGAGGGGAAGCAGAAGGAUUUCUUGUUGAGUGUGCCAAAGGGCUCCCUCAUCCACGUCGACGCCGAUGCCCGCAUGGAGACCUUCACCGACAACGAGGGCAUUAAGCGCUCCAACCUCAGCUUGAUCGCACGCAACUUCGACGUCAUCUCCCGACCGCGUUACGAGAGCCAGGUUGAGACUAACGAUGAAGGCAUCGUCCAGGAUGCUCAUCAGGCCUAAGCGCCCAUGAGAUUCCGCCUUUCGCUGCUACCCGAAGAUGUACGAGGUUUUGUACUGUGCAACAUGUUUUAGUACGGGGGGAAUGCUUGAGGGUACGGAGUUCAAUGUCCAUAGGUUUCUUUUUCCCAUUCUCGCUGUACGUCGGACAUGCUCCCGCUUUGAGAGCCCAUGUGAUGGUAGGAGUCGAAGUAUUGUACUUUCGGUGUCGUGUACACUACAUUACCUUGCGGCAACUUUUCGUAUAUGUAAUCUCUGCUCUAAGCACUUGAGGUUGGAGUUGGCACGGCAAUUGGCAAUUCAAUACCCUCCCCC